AAACCUUCACAAACUUUCCUUUCUCUCUGAAAAUAUGGCUGCUUCGGAAGGAAGGCCAUUGGUAGAGGCAGUGGAACACAAGGAAGAUUUCAAUGAUCACCAAGGCCCCAGCGGAUGUUAUUAUGGAUGCUUUCGAGUUUUUGGGUUGAGAUGGUGGCAAGGCAGUGAAGAAGGUAAAGGCCUGCUGGAGCAAAGAGGUGAUUCCUGGGUGAGUUGCAAGUUGAGGAAGAUGAAGGAGGUUUCAGAAGUGAUUGCGGGUCCCAAGUGGAAGACGUUCAUUCGAAAGUUAGGUGGGUAUGGCAAGAAGCAGCAGAAGAAUAGGUUUCAGUAUGAUGAACAUAGCUAUGCUCUCAACUUCAAUAGUGGGGCUCAGAGUGAAGAUGAUGACAUGCCUCCCAGUUUCUCAGCUAGAUUUAGUGCUCCUUUUCCCUCUGGUCGUAGGCAAACUGAACUAUGACUUU